UCUUGGUGUGUUGUGAUAACUCAGUGACGCAGUUAAAUAACUUAACUAAAUUUAGUUAAUUCUGUUUUAUUAUUUGUAAAAAAGUGAUCACAAAAGUUAAUUGAAGAUUUUGGACAAUGUCGAGUUUUGGAUCAUCUGAUGGUGAUAUUUGCCAGAAGAGAAUUACAGACCAGCAAGAUAGUUUCGAGCAGAACUGUUAUCCUUUGUAUCAGACAUUGGUGUCAUCAACGUCAUACGAAAUGCUGCCAACGGAGGAAGGUUAUUGGGGUUCCCCGUGCAGUAGCGGCGGAUGUCAUUCCGUGAGGGGCGGAUCGCCGCACGAUAACUUUGAAAGAUGCCCCCCAGAUGCAGCGUAUCCCACGGCGCUCUACGCCCACCAAUAUCAAUAUGAGAAAGGAAUGUCACAAUCAUACUACGAUGAAGGCUACUGCGGCGGUCAGCCGGGCCUCACGGGGACCAGGGCAGAGACAGUUACAACACCAGGAGGUACUGUGAGGGUAAUUAGGAGAAGAAAUACAGCAAACAAGAAAGAGCGCCGGCGAACACAGAGUAUUAACACCGCUUUCUCCGAUCUCAGAGAGUGCAUCCCUAACGUACCAGCUGACACAAAACUGUCUAAGAUUAAAACACUGAGACUCGCGACAUCAUACAUAUCAUACCUGAUGGGAGUCUUGGAAACCGAUCGUGAACCGGCCGGUGGCUUUCGCGCGGAGCUCAUAGCUGCGGCAAGCGGCGGCGGCCGAAGAGGUGCAGCGGCUAACAAUGGCGCUAUUUCAAACAGGAACGCCAAUAGCGAUUGCGGCGACUCCAGAAGGAGCAAAGGCAGGACCGGUUGGCCGCAACACGUUUGGGCCUUGGAACUGAAGCAGGAACAAACUUUGUGA